UCGAUGGAUUUUGUCGGGGGGGGUACCACGGAGUGGGGCGUAAGCGGGUCCUGCCGACACCUCUCGCCUGGGAAGGAGUCGCACGGUUUGGGCAGCAGGCAAAUCCUCCCCGCUGCUCGCUGCGCUCCGGACCUCCGGCGAGAAGUCGGGGGUGGUCUGAGGAGGGAAAACGGGCGUAUUAGCGCGUCGCACAGCCCACACUGAUAUGCAACGUGAAUGUAUUUAUAUUUGUCAGCUCGCAGCAGUUGCGGGAGGUUUGUGGCUGUUUUUUCUAUUGUGUAGCUGGCUGGAGCCUGAAGUGGGCGUCGCUCCAGGACAGACUGGGCUGCUCUGGUGCGCCGCUGCCCGCUUUUCUCUCGCAGGACUGCAGCACUCUCAUGUCGGUUUUUGUAGGUCGAAUGGUGUCUGAAUUUACAGGCAGUAGCUCGGCGAGGAUCCUGCGCUCCGGAUCGUGUGCCACGAGGAGCACCGCGGAGUGUCGCGGGCGGGCGUUGCUCCGUGGGUUAUCGGGCGCUGCGGAGCUUGUCACAGAUGAUCGCUUUGCUAAUUAAAAACGUGGAAUUCACACGCACGGCUGUAUUAGGCUGCUGCUUUUGGAUCCAUCAGAUAUUUCUUGUGCGCUUUAGCCCUGGGGGAUAGUUAAAGGUUUUGUCACCCGAUGCUCUCUGACUGGAGUCGGGUGUAACCUAUUAGAAGAAGAUUUUUGAUUGAAGGCUCAUCCAGCAAAUCACAAUGCAGAAAGAAGUCAGGCAGCCUCAGAGGUGGUUCAACACGGCCGACAUCACAGUGGCUCACCAAAGCAACCUGCUGAAGCAGCUCAACCACCAGCGCCGCCAGGAGCUCUUCUGUGACUGCAGCGUGCUGGUGGAGGGCCAGCUCUUCAGGGCCCACCGCAACGUCCUGUUCGCCAGCAGCGGCUACUUCCGCAUGCUGCUGUCCCAGGGGCCCGACGGGCUGCCUGACUCCGUCAGCGCCACAUUCGACGUCUUCAGCCCAGAGACCUUCACCGUCAUCCUGGAUUUCAUCUACUCCGGCCAGCUGGAUCUCUCCAGUCACAAUGUGAUUGAGGUCAUGUCUGCUGCCAGCUACUUGCAGAUGAACAAUGUCAUCAACUACUGCAAAAACUUCAUCAAAUCCUCCCUGGACAUCAGUGUGAAAGAUGAAGAGAGCGAGCGCUGCCUCAGCUUGUCUGAGACCUGCAGCUUCACCAGUGGAGCAGGAGAAGAUGCUUCAGAGCAGCAGCAGCAGGGCCCCUGUUCUGUCAGUCCACCGCCUGCUCUCUGGACCAGGGACAACUCCAGAUCCCAGUCCAGCUUCAUGGGGAAAGACCCAGACCAGGAUGCUUCGGCCUUAGCGAUAAAGACUGAUCCGAGCAGCCCUGCUAAUGAGCUCAGUGCAGAGGCAGAGGACCUGCACGACCCUCAGGACCCUCUGUAUACCCUCCCUGGAUCAGAACGCCGGCGUGGAAAAGGGGGGACCAAGAGGAGAGCACCCAACAGCGGCCGCUCCAACCAGCAUGACGAUUUGGACAUUCAGGAGGCGAGAACACAAAAGGCUGAAAAAGCAGAGGAGCUGUACGCCACUCUUCCACCGAUUGUGGGUGUCAUCGGGCACUUUAAUAAAGAUUCCAACCCUAUCAUGCGUUUCAAAUGUCCCUUUUGUACGCACACGGUGAAGAGGAAGGCCGACCUGAAGCGACACCUGCGCUGUCACACCGGGGAGAGACCGUAUCCAUGUCAGGCCUGCAACAAGCGCUUUACUCGCCUGGAGCAUCUCCGCAGCCAUUUUGAGACGAUCCAUCAGGCCAGGAAGCUGGUGUGCAGGAAGUGCAAGUGUCAGGUGACGGAGGAGACGGGUCAUGUGGUGUGUGAGGGGACGCGGCGCUACCGCAUGUGCACGGCCUGCAUCCAAGAGGUGGGCUGCGACGACAUCCCCAUCGACGGCCUGGAGGGAACCAAUGAGGAGCCGGCGCUGCUGCUGGGUGUGGACGGGGAGGAGGAGGGCGACACCAAGAGGAGCUGGAUGGUGACCGAUGACGAUGACCUGGCCGAAGACUCGGGGGCCGACCUCAUCAUCCAGCAGGUGGACGACAGCGACGAGGAGCUGCAGUGAGACGGGACCAAAGUGUGUGUGUGUGUGUGUGUGUGUGUGUGUGUGUGUGUGUGUGUGUGUGUGCAGAUGCAUGCCUAAAUAUUGACUGUGUGAGAGUGUGUGUGUGUGUGUGUGUGUGUGUGUGUGUGUGUGUGUGUGUGUGUGUGUGUGAUAAAGCCAUGGAAGAGAGUUUAUGCAUAAAAUAUGGGAUCCACUGAUGUAAAUAUACACAUUUAUGAUAUAUUAGUUGUCUAUUGGUUAAAUGCAUCUCGUUAAUCUUUACUUUUAAAGAGAUUUUCGACCUUUGUGACACAAUGGAAAGCUUUUUUUGCUCACGAAGAUAUGCAGUAUCCAAAGCAUGCAUAUUCAGUGUUUCCUUUGCUUCAAUUAUAGUUCUAUGAUAUCCUGUUCAAUAAGUGUUUUUUGUGUGCAUGAAGGAACACCACUUCUUCGCUACUUUUCGGGACUUUCUGCUGCCAUUUAGGCAAAACACAGUGACAAAGACAGACUGAUGGCUCUACUAGUCACUUAAGGGAAGCUUCAAAGCUAAUUUUUUAUUUUUUUUUUAUGUUUCACAGUUGCUGUGCUGGUAAUGUCUGAUUAUGAUAUGCACUAUGAUAUAAACACAAAAUAUAAUUUAUUAGUUUUUGUUUUAUUGUUUUUUUGAGUUUUUACUUUUUUGACACAUUAAAGAUAUUUUUAUACAUUU